UCAGAAGUGCCGAGAGCGCCAGAUCCUAACGCAUUCAUCAGUUCAUCGCAGUUCAUCGACUUCAAGGCGGCCUACGACACCAUAGGCCGGAAUGAGCUAUGGAGCAUCAUGCAACGUUACCACUUACCUGAGAAGUUGAUCCCAUUUUUAGAGCUUACCAUGAAUGGGGUGCAGUGCAAGAUGGCAUCGGCAGGACAAACCCCCGACACAAACGCGAAGCAGCAAGAAUUGGAUUGCGAAUCAAUGCGACAAGACGAAGUAUCUACUUGCCGGAGAAUCAGACCAUCUGGUAAGCAGUGUAUUAGUUCACGGCGACAGUAGUAACUUUCUCGAGGUAGUAAAGGAGUUUUGCUAUCUCGGAACGGUCGUUAUUUCGGACAACGAUAUCAGCAGCGAAAUCCGAAGACACAUUGUACACGGGAAUCGGGCAUACUAUGGGCUUCACCGACUGCUGAGACCCAGAAGACUUCAAACCCGCACGAAAUGUGAGAUAUAUCGCACAUUGAUUCGUCCGGUGGUGCUCUACGGACACGAAUCCUAGACCAUCCGAACGGAGGAUGCAAACGCUCUGGGCGUGUUUGAGCGUCGCAUCCUCCGGACCAUCUUUGGCGGUUUGUUCGAGCAUGGAGCGUGGAGGAGAAGG